AUGUUUAAUGAGAGGGAAAUGACGGUCAAAUGUGAAUACGAGAGAAGAAAAAAUGCGCGAAAUUGCGUCAAAAACAGUUUUGUGGGGACAGUUUCAAAUUUCGCGCGCUCUACGACACUCCGGAAUAACGGACGGACUGUUGUUUAGCGCUUUGAUUCUCGGUGAUUACGGUACAUCUGCAAGCUGUAAAAGUGGCCUAAAUUCAGAAUAACGCUCAUCAUAAGCUUAAUAAACUUUCUGAAAACUUUUUUAAAAACUCAAAAUUUGCGUGCAAAAAUGCUUUCCAUCAGAAUACAUUCUGUAAAAAACGAAUCCUGCAAACAAACAAAAGUUAAUUGAAAUUUCUCCAUUUUUUUGCAUGUGAAAUUCUACUGACUGACCGUGCCAAGCACAGAACAAGCGCCUUAUUCUUAUGGAUUUAUAACUAUCAAAUCAAUCGAUAAACUUUUCAGAGCUCUUCCGAAAGUAUCCGCAUAGUCUCCGGAACACUUCCGCAAGUUUCUACCCUUCCGUACCCGUUUUCGACAUCUUCCCAUCCCACUUUUCCUCCGUUUCUCUCCACUGUCCAGUGUUGAUCAAUAGCGUUCUGCUUAUCGUCCGUCGCCGCGUCUCUCGUCCCGUCUGCCCCGUCCCCGUCUCCUCCGCCCGCACGCUCUCCGCUCUUCUCUCCGUCUCCAUCCCUCUCCGUCCUUGCUGUAGUCAGCUGAGUGUGGUGACCGACUGACGCAUACGUAUUCCAUGCUCUCCCUCUCCUAAUUCAUCUUUCCAUCCGACGAUCAUCUCUUUUUCGGUAAUUUGUACCCCAACAACAACUCAAAGUGGUUCGAACAAGCAGCGGCGAGGAGGCUGAAGAGCCAGCCUCGAUUCCGGCAAAACGUCCGAGGUUGGAAUUACAGAGAGAAGAAUGGAGAUUGUGACAAAAAGAAACGUUUCAGAAUGACUGUUGACGAACCUAUCGACGAUGUCGGUCGGAAGGGAAAAAAGGGCCGAGCCGGCGUGAUGUCCGUCGCGGAACGUCUUCAAAGUCAAGCGGUAGUAAAAUACGUGAAGCGCUUAAAAUCAAGCUAUUUGCAGCAGCAGCUGUCUCCGAACUCUCAAGCCGAUCCGGACGAAAGAGAGGAUGAGUACAGACCAGUGGAUCUUAAACUCGGCACUUAUGAUAAAGCGACGAUUCGGGUCAUUGCGCAGUUCUUGGAUAACAUCGGAUUACAGUGAGAACCGUCUAUUCUUUCUCCCUUUCAGUCAUUCUUGCCUUUUCCAGAAAGUCUGUGGAGACACUGGUCGAAGAGACCGGGUUCACAAUCGAAACGAGUGCCGGCGCCAGAAUUCGUGCCAACAUUCUGAGGGGAAACUACGACGCGGCGAGCAGUAUUGUGAGACAAUCUAUGGAUUUGGAUCAGGAUACGGGCAAGAGAGCCAGUUUCCUUAUUCAGUGCUUCAAGUUGGCCGAUUUAGUGCGGAAGAAGAGAGUGAGCGGGCCCCGCUGGUUUUGGUAAAUUCAGAAAAUGUUUCAGUACUUGGAUGCCCUGUACACAAUGCAAGUCAUGGCUCCGUACGUGUUCAGGGAUGAAACAGCGAAUCUCGAGUACUUUGAUAGUUUCCUGAAGGACGUGAUGCUCGGCGGAACCAGGUAUCACCACGUGGAUGCCGAAACUUCACGGAAUGCUCAGCUGUCUUUCCUGGAAGAGCUGCUUCCCUCCGACUUUAUACUCCCACAGAAUAGACUCAAAACUAUUUUGCAUACCGGUAAGACCAACUACUUUUCCUUCAAAACCUAUUUCCCAAUCUCUUCAGUACAUGGCCCGGCUUCUAGUGACAAGGCGGAGAAACUGCUGAGAGACGAGGUAGACAGCGCUUACAAACCGCGCCCGUACCGAUGUAUUCAAGUGUGGGAUCAUCACACUUCGCCAGUGUACUCGGUCAAAUUCUCGAGAGACGGCAAGUUGCUGGCCAGUGGAGGAAAGAGCAACUCGAUCACUCUGUGGAAAGUGAACCAGGGCAGAAUUAUUCGACUGGGGGAAAUGGCUCCGAUUGCCGAGGGAGACAUCGCCUACAUGGAAUUCUGCCAGAGAAACAAGAUGCUGGCGGUUUGUGGAGGACAAACCACUAAAUUCAAUGUAAGCACUGCUCGUUUUUGCUAUUCGAACGCUAGUUUGACCACUUUCAGCUGACCGUCUUCAAUCUGGAAACCCGCCUUGUGUACCGUACUCUGCGCGUUCAUGACGGACACGAUGAAAUCCAGGAGAUCGGUUCGUUCUUCACGUGCUUCUCCUUCCUCUCCAGUAUUCACAACGCCCUCAUUGUGGCCGGCAACGAACUCGGCGCUCUCAAGAUCUAUAACUUGAAUCAGCCGACCGAAACCCCGGCUGUAAAUACCGUCCACGGGUUCCGAGUGCGUUGCAUUUACGGAAUGAAAGACGGAGACCGCUUCAUCAUCGCCGACGCGCACAACAGAGUGCGCAUCUUUUCGCAGCGCGGCGAUCCGGAAGGAUCGACUAUCUGCAAAGAGGAGGUCACCAUUCUGAACAUGGUCGUGCACCCGUGCGAGAAGCUCGUUCUCACCACCACCGACUGCAAUCUCCGUCUCUGGGACAUUCGUUCUCACAACCUCAUCCGUGUUUUCUCCGGUGCCUGCCAGAGAGAGGAAUUCGCGCGAUUCUCGAUCCACGCUUCGUUCGGAGGUGUCCAUAUGAACCACAUUGCGACGGGAUCGAUCGGAAGUGAGCCAGAAGGCAAAACGUUGCCUUUUUCAAAGUUAUUGUUUUUUCAGAAGAAACUGAGGAGUCGAUGCGAAUGAACGACAAAGAAUUGAAGAAGAACGGAAGAGUCGUCGUGUGGAGUGUCGACGAAUCGCGUCCCAAGUACGUCUUCGUCGGCCACGUGGGCCAUGUGAAUGCCGUGGCAUGGAGCCCCGUGGAUCCGACGAUGCUCGUCAGUUGCGGAGACGAUUCCACCGUGCGCGUAUGGAAUCUGAACCGAUCGUCGACGAGCGACUACUCGGAAGUGGUUCCACGCAUGAUUACACGCAAACAGAAGUAUCCGCGGCGCGACGACGACACGUUUCCGUCGACGAGCAACGGGUUCAGAUACACACCGGCCAUGAGGGCCCACGAUAUGCUCAUGAAUAUGACACUGUCGCCGUCGCAAAAGCCGAAAUCAGAUUUCGUGCAGGAUUUGGAUAUGGAAAAGAUGUGGCUCGAGAAGGCGAAUCGUCCGAAGUGGCGAACGCAAGACGAUCACGACUACUAA